AUGUCUGGGAAGGCUGCUACUACGAGCCUCAUCUCGGUCGUUCUCGUAAUCGAUGCGAGCCUCACUGUCGCAGGAGAAUGGCAUCGCCUUCUGAGUGAUUGUGUCGGCUCUAUUACCCAACGCCUGAUAUCGGAGAUACAUCCUGAAAGCGAGAUGAGGAUGGGCUAUGUGGCGUACGGCGCGGCUGAAGGACUAGAGGGUCCUAUCGUGGAUCAACGCUUUUUUCAGGAUCAUAAGUCCCUCACGCGAGAUCUCACGACAAAGCACACGGAGAUGGGUAUCGGCCGUGCAAGUGGCACAUGUGAGAUUGGACUGUCUGCUCUAGAAGCAUACGCUUGCGCUUUGGAGAUGUUUGAUCAACAACGACACGCGGCCAACUUCCAGCCGCUCAAGGCGAUUACAUUGAAUACGGACAAGGAGCCCCAAAAGACCUAUAAUCGGCACGACUAUAUAAUACACAUUGCUGCAGCCGAACCUGAUGAUGCUCGUCGUCCUCGACAUAACGACUCGGUCGAUUACGACGAACUCAACUGGGAUACGCUACCGUCAGAGAUCAAGAAGCACAACAUUCGCCUGUGCAUGAAUCUCUUGAAGCCUAUCAAGAGAUUCAACGAUCUGUUCGACGCAGUUAGCGAAGGUCCACGCUCGACACCUUGGUUCUCGACGCCACCAAAGCAUACACUGCUUCUCUACGGGUUUCCCCCGCCUCGCACCAAGCCGUCUAAACGACCGGUCGAAAUCGAGCGUUCUCCUGCUCAGAAGCGCGCACGCAUCAAAGACGUGCCGUCACCGUCAUCCCCUGUGAAAGCCAACUCGGGCAGCAGCCCCUACAUGUCACCAGCGGCGGUUAAGACCCCAAAGCAAACACCCGCUGUACCAAAACCCCCCACUGAGCCAAAGUCCACGCCGGUUCUGAACGCUGCACAGCCUCCCACGCCUGCAACGGUACCAGCGGCCAUGCCCGUCCUUUCUCCCGUACCCCCAGCAUCAGCACCCAUUCCCCCUCCCGCUGCGGCUCCGGCUCCGCACCCUGCAGCCGCACCCAAGAUGGCCGCACCGGCCCUCCCGUCGAUCCUGGAUCACUGGGGCUAUCGCACAGAGAUCAAGUCCCAUCCCCGCUUUGAAGCCGGCCUCCAAAACCCUCAACAACGCUUGCUUGUGGAGUUCAUGGAGAAGUACGACCCAAUCUACACCGAACAGAUGUUCAAGGCGCAAGCUCGUAAACGCAUGAACCAGCCAGAUCCACCCGAGUUCCUUAGCCAGAUGAGGAAACUGAAAAACAUGUUCGAGCUCGGAUCGCAUGCACUCAAGCAGUGGAACGACGGUGGUCCACCGGUCAACUUCGACCAAAUCAAGUUGCGCGCGAACAUGAUGGUUGCCAAUCCAGCCGCCGCCGCCGCCGCAGCAGCAGCGCAAGGUCAGGUCGCUCAAGGCCAGGCUCACAAUCAGAAUCUGGCACCGACCGCACAGGGCAUACUCAACCAGAUGAACGAGGCGUCGAGAUUGACCGCACGUGGUGGGAUGCCGCCUCCCGCCGGUGCGUCCGCCAACGCCGAUGCGGGCCCGCGCCCGCCGUCGCAGCCAGCGCUCCCUCAACAACCACAACAGCAGUCAUCUAUCUCGACAUCUCAGCCUGCCGCUAAUGCGAUGUCGCCACAAUUCCAAAAGCAGUGGAGAGGCGGCUUGGUUGUCCAUUCCCCCAGGCCGAAUGCGCAGGCUCAGAUGGUGCGGUUCGAGGUUACUAUAUCACAUCAAGCCAUGCACGACCCUAUGAUGUCUACCUGGCCGCAGAACAUCGAUGUGAGAAUCAUGCCCAACUUAACGUUUUAUCCGAAGGACCUCGAUGUAUGGCUCAUGGCCCUCAAUAAGCGUGAGCGGAUAUACUCGGUUGUGACCGUAAGGGCUCCGGAGAGCCCGAACCCGACCCUUAGAGAGCAGAUGCGGCAAGGCGUCGAGAGAUUGACCUCGGUCCUUACCCAACAGAAUUGCCUCGCCGGCGCUUCGUGGAAUAUCCCCGGGAAGGGGAUUGCUCCGACAGCCUUGUUUGCGCGUAUGCCUGCAGGUCCACCCGAUGCCCAUCUCAUAGCGAUCGUCUUCCCUCAAACCGGCUUUGACAAGACCGAUCUUCCUCCCAACGCUGCCGCUCAAGCACAAGCUCAGGCACAAGCCCGAGCCCGAGCUCAAGCUCAGGCUCAAGGCCAGGGCUCACCGCAGCAGCACCAAAACCAGAACACCCAAGUGCAGCCGCAACGACCGCAACCGAGCAACAUCGGUAUGAAUGGCGGUCGCAUCCCAAAUGCGCAGGAGAUAGCCGUGAUGCAGAGGAUCGCGCAGGAGAUGGGCAUCCCGUGGGAGGAGUUUCGAGCACUAUCGAAGGAGGACACGGGCAAGGUCAUGGCAGUGUUUCAGAGUCGGCGGGCGCAAGCGAGGAAUAAUGUGAUGGCUGGCGGAAUGGGCGGUGGUGGGGUGAGACCGGGGAUGCAGGGUGCAGCUGGGAACGCUAUGGGGAUGCAGAUGCAGCAGUUGCAGCAGCAACAGCAACAACAGCAGCAGAGGCAGAUGCAGGCAGCGCUGCUCGGUCGCGCGGGUGUGCCGAGCAACCCGUUUGCGGGACUCUCAGCGUCUACCCCUGGUUUCGCGGGGAUGAACGGCGGCGGGGGUGGUGGAGGCAACAACAUCGGGGGUCUGAAUCCAGGGAUCAACGUCGGAGCGCUCGGCGGCAUGCAGCCCCAAGGCGCUGGAUCGAUGGGUGGAGGAUUCCCGGUGUCGCAGGACCAGAUGUCCUCUUGGAUGCAGCGGACUGGUCGUUGA